CGUCGUGGGCGUAGCGGUUCCUUUGUAAUGGCGGCCGUGCCGUAGAUGUUGCCCAGGUUUGUGAACAUGAAGCGGAGAAGAAGUUACUUCUUUUAAGUUAAACGCCGAGGUUCCCCGGAGGAGGACUUUGCGUCUUUAACUGUCGUCUUUGCAAGCGGUAAACUUAACUGUACCUUUGAACUUUUCGAAAUGAUGAAGCUCAAGUCAAACCAGACCCGGACGUACGACGGGGACGGGUACAAGAAGCGGGCCGCCUGUCUGUGUUUCAGGAGCGAGAGCGAGGAGGAGGUGCUGUUGGUGAGCAGUAGUCGACAUCCUGACAAGUGGAUUGUUCCUGGAGGAGGAAUGGAGCCAGAGGAGGAGCCCAAUGUUGCUGCAGCUCGAGAAGUCUGUGAAGAGGCUGGUGUGAAGGGGACUUUAGGACGCUUAGUGGGAGUGUUUGAGAACCAAGAGAGGAAACACAGAACCUACGUGUACGUUCUUAUUGUAACAGAAGUGCUGGAAGACUGGGAGGACUCGGUCAGCAUUGGGAGAAAAAGGGAAUGGUUUAAAAUAGACGAUGCCAUACAAGUGUUGCAGUGUCACAAACCUGUGCAGGCCACCUACUUCGAGGCGCUCCAGGAGAGUUGCCUGACCAGUAACGGAACGCCUUUGGUGGCCACGAUAGGCGGGGACCUCUCCCCUACCUACAGCAUCAAUCAGAGCUCCGUGUCGGGUAUCAGAUAACUAAAACCACACCCGGCCCCUCCCCACCCCCAGGAGCUUUCACCACUACUUGCUCUCUUACUGUUUUUAUUUUAUUUGUUCCAAUAACAUGGUUUGCCUUGCCAACUCCUUUGUGCCAGAACGGUGGCACAGACUUGAUGACAAGUGUUGGGUGAAAUAGUCUGAAACACUUUGUAAAUGUAAUUUUCGCCCUUCCUCUCUCCCUUCCCCUUUUCUUUUUGACAUGAUAAUUGCAUGAAAUGUCCUUUACUCCUGUUCAUCCUCUUUCCUUGACAUGCCCUUAGCGUGAUGUUUGAAUGCAAGAAUUACUUUUUACUGUUGUAAUGUAAAAUUGUAUACGUAGUGCUUUUUGACGUUUUAUUUUCCUUUUCUUUCCUCAAAUGUCUGCUCUUCCUUUGGUUGUCUUUUUUUCUCUGAAUGAAUGCGCACAUAUGUGUGUGGUCCCCUCCCCACCCCACCACAUUUAUAAGGAUAGGAAGUGUUGUCCACACCUGAACAGAACUUUGGGAAAUGACCCCGUUUUGCAUGAGAACAAUUAAUGCCGUGUCUCGCUUCUCGGAGUGACCUGACGCAGACUGUGCAGAGGACUUGUGGUAAGGAGUUUGGAUUGUCUGUUUGGCUCCUCGUCGUCAUCAUGUCACUAAUCUGAAGGGAAAAAAAAAAGAACCCUUGGUGGUCUUUGAAAUUUAAAAUGAAAAGAUUGUCUACUCUUUAGGAAACUAGCCAAACACUAUGGGCUUCACUCUUCAAACUGUGCAGCCAGUGAAUGAAUGUCAACACACAGAAUGAACCACAAUUCUUCUCAGUGUCUUUACCUCUUUUUAACACCACUUGCCCUCUUCUUUUUUUUCCCCCUCCCAUCAAUGCUUUGUUGUAACUUGAUUACAAAGUCUUCCUCUGCUUAACAAGAGGGUAGAAGUAGUUUUUCAAAAUGGACUUUAAAAAAAAAUGAACAUAUCACUUAAGUUAUUAAAUCCCCUUUACCAUAUUCUUCUACUCAUCACGUUGUUUUAGUUAAUUCAAAGAAGUUGUUUACAUCGUGUUCAUAACAUAGCACAGGUGACUAUAAUGGAUUAUUUCAUUAUAGUUGCGCUUUUCUUUUUGUUUUAAACUCCUCCCCCUCUUUUUUUUUUGUUAAAGUAUUUAUCUGCAUCCCCAAAAAGAUACAACCUGCUUGACGUUGAAAGUAAUGGAAUCUAUAAUGCUGUCUUUGGCAAGAUGCAGAACAAACAAGCCUUGUACAGUUUGAGACCUUGUUUUUAAUUUGUAAAAUGCUUUUGGAUACUGUUUUUUUUUUUUUUUCCUCCUCUCGUUAACGUGUGGCAAAAGUCUCUUUAGCCGAGCUGCGUUCACGUGGCGUGGAGCAGCCGACUCAAUACUGUGAAACUGGAGGCGCUGUAGAUAGCACGUAAGACAUUUUUAUUGUAAAUUCUUCAUUUCUGUAUAGAUCAAAGGUGAGAGUACAAACGACAAAAUCCCUAUUUCACACUUGUGAGUGCUAUGUGUCAUUUCAAAUGAAGCUGGAAGAACAGAUUGGA